AUGCUGGAAACUGCUUUGGUGACAGGCAGUGGCAGAGUCGAGGACGGGGAGGGCCGUGGGGUGGAGGGGGCGACAGUGAUGGUGGAUGGGCUUUCAGUGGCUGUGACAGACGCUCUGGAGGAUGGGGAGGGCCGUGGGGUGGAGGGGGCGACAGUGAGUGAUGCUGAAUGGGCUGUCACUGAUCCUAUGGGCGACUAUUCCUUCACAUUCCCCACCUCCCUCCUCUCAUCUGCACCCCUCCACCACCCCCCCUCUGCAACACCCAUCCCGCCUCCCACUCCUCCCACUCCGCCCCCUCCUUCCCCACCUCUCCCCACCACUCACACCAUAUCAGCAGUCCGACCCCUCUAUGUCUUCCCAACCCUUUCAAACAUCACCCUCCCUCCUGCUCCUGCUACCGCCACUGCUGCUACUGAUGAUGCCAAAGCCACCACCAAUGCAAGCGAAACAGAAGCUGCCGCGCUAACUGCCAUUUCCCUGCCGCCCAUCCGUGCCACCCGGUAUGCGCUGUGCGGGCGCGUGGAGAUGGACCCGGGCGGCGAGUCGUCCUUUGUGCCGUGGCGGCGGGUGGAGCUAAGCCGAGCUGGUGAUUUCGACGGGUCUCACAUGGACGGUUCUCAGGACCCCAGCUGGGGGGCUCUGAGCAGCAGCAUGCGCUCAGGAGGAAUUAGCAGGGGCAGCAGCAGCAUGAGUUCCGGAGGAAUUAGCAGGGGCAGCAGCAGCAGGAGCAGUGGCAGCAGCAGCAGCAACAAGGGGUUGAGAAGGCAGGAAGCGAGCACGAGUGUGGCUCCAGUGAUUGCAGAGGCGGACAAGGAUGGCCGGUUCUGCUUCAUGGUGCCACGUGGCAGCUACCAAUUGGUGCCUGAGAUUAGCCCAGAUGAGGUGGCAUCAGGGCUGAUCUUCUCCCCCUCUAUAGAGGAAUCCGUUACUGUCACAUCUGCCCCCGUCACAAACAUAGUCUUCAAACAGUCACACCUGUUCAUAUCAGGCAAGGUGCGGUGCCUGCAGGGGUGUGACUCAACCGUUUCAGUCACACUCUGGGCUCUCACAGACAAUGGGGCAGAUGAACGGGCAGAUGGAGAAACGGAGCAGCAGCAGGGCACGUUUUUACAACGGGUGGUAGUGGGAGGAGGGGAGGGGGAGGCAGGGGGGAAGGCGGAAGGUCAGUGGGGAAAGGCGAAGGGGAGAAGGAAGGUAAAUGAGAGAGGGGAGGGGAAGGGGAGGAGUGCAGUUGUGGUGGAGGAGAAAGGGACGGUCGGAUCGUUCUUCUUUGACCGUCUGCUGCCUGGGUCAUACCGAAUUGAGGUGAGUGGGGCAUGUGAAUGUGUCAUUGAUUGGAGAGGUGUGUUUCACAGGGGAGACCAGAGGGGAAGGGGACGGGAGGUAGUAGCGGGGCAGUCAAGAGAGGGGCACAGCAUUAGGGGCAGAUCGUUCUUCUUUGACAGAUUGCUGCCUGGGUCGUACCGAAUCGAGGCCGAUGCAGCUCCCAGCAAUAAUGCCACUGCCUGCUGGGAGGAGUACGCACGUCAACAAAAUGCUCCCAUCCCCCACUUCGUCCCCCCUCCCACUCCCCCCUUUCCCUCCACACAAAAGGCUCGUAAGACUCCCGCCACUGCCACCGCUCUGCAGAGCGGCGAGUGGUGCUGGGAGGAGGAGGGCCGCACUGACGUGGCGGUGUUUGAUUCGCCCGUGACGAACGUACAGCUGGCGCAGCGCGGGUGGCGUAUGGUGGUGCGGGCGGCAAUGGAUGACAGGUUCACGUUGACUCACGGGGAAUAUGACCCCACUGACUUCUCUGUCUCGGGGGAGACUGGUAGCAUGGUGGUGCGGGCAGCCAUGGAGGACAGGUUCACUUCGAAUCACGGGGACUAUGACCCCACUGACUUGUCUGUGUCGGUAGCCAUGGAGGACAGAUUCACGUUGACUCACGGAGACUAUGACCCCGCUGACUUCUCUGUCUCGAAUGAUAACAAGGUGGUGCGGGCCGCAAUGGAUGACAGGUUCAUGCUGACUCACGGCGACUAUGAUCCCACUGGCUUCUUUGUGUCGCCUGGAGUGCAGGAGUUCUGUGUGGAGUUACGAGGAGAAUACACCCUCGCCAUGUCACAGUCUCCACUUAACCUGCCAUACCCCUUGUCACCCCUCUCCACCCUUCUUCACCCCACUCCACCUUUCUCCACCGCUCUGCAGCCUGGAGUGCAGGAGUUCUGUGUGGAGUCCCCAGGAGAGUACACCCUCGCCAUGUCCCACGCCUGCGCCACCCUCGCCAUGUCCCACGCCUGUGCCUACUACGGGGCUCUCUCUUUCUCCUUCCACACCCACGGCCUACUGCCUGUCCUCCUGACUCCCACGGCCUACUGCCUAUCCUCCUGA